UGAUACCUGCUGGUGGCUGACUAUAAUAAGCAUGGCUGUAUUUCUAAGUAUUCAAAGAAAGCUGGUCUUAGAGAUCCUAGCUGUUGUUGCUAUUUGUAUGAUGAGUCCUGUGUGGGGCUGGGAAAGAAUUGAUAGAAUUAAAGAAUGUGGACAUCAGUGUUCUCCGGGACUGUACUGCAAAAGUAAAGCAUCACUUGAUGUAUUUCAAAGACCCCAAUCAUUUGAAUCUCAGCCCUUUCAAAGUGUGAACAUCUCUACAGUAAUGAAGUGUAAAAAAGAAAGAGAUUGCUUGCUAUAUCUAAAUGUUAAUGGAACUUUACAGCUUGAUGAGAAUAUUCGGGCGGUGGAAAUAUGUUCCCUUACACUUUCUACCCUCAGGCGUCAGUGCAGAACGGUCAGAUUCAAGAAAACUGAAAGUAUGAAGCUUCAUGGGCAGCAGGUGCAUGUGCAGUACAACUGUUUUGAAGUUGGGAUUGCCCAACAGAUUCUUGUAAUGCUAAAAACAAUCCCGAAUGGAAACAGGCAAACUAUGGAGUACCAUGUUCAGGACUGCAAUAAUGGAGAUAUAAGACAGAACAUUCCAAUAUGCAUAGCUGGAAAACUAGAUUACUCAGUUGAUCAAAAAGAGAAGCUGGUUUCUGUACACGUCUCAGAGUUUCUUGAUGACAAUGACUACCAUUUGAGGUUAUGUCAUAAAUGGCAUUCCUGUGAAAGUACUGGAGCUUAUGUACUGAUAAAAAAGGAAGACCCUGUGAAAAAAGUGACCUUGCCAUAUUCCAAGUUGGUGCCCUGUCUUUGCAUUGAGGGAUGGUCUUCAAUUCCAGAUUCAAGUAGAAUACAACUGUGUCCAUUUAAAAAAAACACUGAAGAACUCUGGAGUGGAAUCACCUACAACCCAGUAUCACAGGAGCUAGUUUGGGAGUUGGCCUGUCCCAUUGAAGUUAGGGUGAGCCUUUGUUGGACAACAGAACACAUUAAUUCCUGCACUGACCUUCCAAACUCUUCACAAAUAGUGCAGAACAAAAUUAAAUAUGUUGGCAUUGACUCGCAUCCAAGACUGUGCGUAAAGUUUACAACCAAGAGUGGUUCAUGGAUAAGAUGUCCUUUUGCAAAUGGAUAUUUUCCAGUUUGGAACAUGAAGGUGGUUUUAACACCAGACCACUACCAAGUAAUCAUCACAUCAAUGAUGGAUGUAGUGGUUUCUUUAACUCUGUGCAACAGGACUGCACAUUCGAUCUGCCAUCCUUUAGGAAAGAAUCGAGUUUUAAUCCAUGUAGACAAGUCCAAUCCAGUAACAGCUAACCUAACCAGAGGAAUGUGCCAGUCAAAUAUUUGUAUCCAGGGAAGGAGGGUAGAUGUCAAGUAUGCCAUACCAGUUCAAACAUGUGAAUUACAAUGCUCACUCAUAGUUUCUCAUUCAAAUGAUGGCGGAACAUUUGUCUGGAUGGUGACACUGUCAUUUGCAAUACUGAUUGUUGUGGUUGUGGCAGCUCUUGUUGGUCAUGUAACAUUAACAGAGAAAAAAUAUGGAUUUAAAAGGCAGUCGGAAAGUUCAACCUUUAAAACAAAAUGCAGGCUACCCACAUCAGCCAAGAGUGUCCCUUCUCUACUCUGCAGAUGACAAUAGGCAUGUUAGAUUGAUUACAGCAUUUGCAACAUUUCUCACUGAUCUUUAGUAUUGUAUUACCCUUACUCAUUUAAAAUAUACAUUUAUAACACAGGAAUUCCUAGGGGAUCCUGAUGGUGUUUGGUCCAAGGGGUGUAAUAAGCCUGUUAUUAAGAAUACAUGUGAUCCUGUUCUGCCAAAUGCGAUGAACUCUGUGCCAUUAUAAUGUGUUAGGGUUGAUAUUGCCACCUACUUCAGGGAUACUGUGAAGGUAUCUGACAUUCCUAGCAUGUUCGAUGCUAUACCUUUACGUUUCACAGCAUUAAUGAAACAGUCCUGGAUCGAUCCUCAAAAUGCAAUGGUGCAUCAUGAUCUUGUGCUCUCUUUGAAGGGAUAUAGAAGCAGACAUUCACCCAAACAAUUAGCGAUAGAGAUUCGGGACGAUAGUGAAUUUGAAGACAGUGUUACAGAGUGCCCAGAUGAUGAAGAAACUUUACUGAGAUAGAAAGGUUGUUAAGCCUGUUCCUUGGAAGAAAAGUGCAAAUGCAAACAUUGCAGAAAGGGACCAGGGUGUUCUAUCAUUUCACCAGUUCCUUUCAAAAUAUUUUACUCAAAUGUAUUUUACUAGUGUUGCAUGUCCCAUAUAUUUUUGUGCAUGUGUUUAAUAAAAAAAAAAAAAAAAAAAAAACACUAGAAUGUAUUAUAUUAAAGAAGUCUGCCUAUAGUAGUGCUGUAAAGGAUUGCUUUAUAAAAAAAAAAAAAAAAUGAUGAAUGGUGUCUGUGUCAGUGAAACAUUUAUUUUUCAAAUGGUUAAGCUAAGUCUGUCACAAGGAUGUGGAAGCAUAAACACAUACUGUGGAGGAACUAGUGUAAAUUAAGGAAACACAUUUGGUCCUUUGAAUUUCUGGUAAAAUUAAAAUAAAGGGCCC